AGAAGGGAGCACUUGUCAAGGUAGGGAAAACAGAAUCCUCGAUGGAAAAACAGAUGGCUGAUCGGGAUGUUGCAAGAGAUCGAGCUGCCAAACUGCUAGUAAAACGAGGAAGUGGAUCAUCAUUUUCUCAACAGGAAGCCAAACAAAACCAUGACAACCGUUUACCUGACAGGCAAAGAAAGCCAGGAUCAUUGAGUACAGUGUCAUUUAUUGAUGAACCACGAGAUGUUAAUAUUCACCCCUCUCUCAAGUUGGAAAACACAUACCAGCUGAAACCAAAGCAAAAAUUCUCAGAAUCUAUGGUGCACAAUAUACUGAAGGAAGUACUGGAAAGCUAUCUGGCAGAAGAAAAAUAUGAGCCAGAACUGUGUAAACAGAUGACAAAAACAAUAUCAGAGGUUGUGAAGGCCCGGGUGAAGGAAAUGAUAGUGCCAAGAUAUAAAGUCAUUUGCUUGGUACAUAUUGGACAGCUUACUGAUCAGGGGAUGAGAAUGGGAAGCCGCUGUCUUUGGGAUGCUGCGUAUGAUACCUUCUCCUCAUACGAGUUCCGCAACAACUCCAUCUAUGCUGUUGGCAUGGUAUUUGGAGUGUAUUAUGAAUAAUCCCAGCUAUACUUUACAUUUCACUUCUUGAUAUUGGCAUAAUUUAUACAUAAUCAAGUUGGUACAAACUUGUCUGAUUUUAUUCCUUAAUUAUAGCUCUGAAUGACAGGAUGCAUGAAAUGAAUGAUUGCAAGCAACGAAGCAUUUUAAUGGCUACUUCAUAUGGUGUAGGAAUUAUCGUGUGUGAGUACAUGUACAUCCAUGGAUCUGUCUUUUCCUUCUGCUUACAUUAAAAUGUGGUAAUGCAUUAUAAUGAGAUUAGUUUUGGUGCCAUAAAAAUGUUAAAUUGAUUGAUUUCAAUACGGGUAGUUUGAUUGCACUUUCAGAUGAAAGAAAAAAAUAAUAAUAAAAAAUUCAUCAUAUCGAAUUUCAAAGAUCUUUGUGGAAUACUUUGCAAAAGUUGUCCGGGAUGUCCGGGAAUCUGAACUGGAAAGCAUUGCUCAAUAGUAGGCCUUUAGUCAUGCUUAACUGUUUUAAAUUUGCACAUUCAUUUUUCUGAUAAAGUUGAGUAAACUUCUUUUCCUUAUUGUUUAAGUCAUACUAGUCUUGAGUUGACAAUAGAGACUAAUCUUCAUUGAUGCUUGGUAUGAAAACCAAUGCACUUGAAAAUAAAUGGUUUGUUAAAAAGAAGAAAAUAAAUAAACAGAAUUGUAUCUGAUGCACAUCAGAGUGAGACAAACCAAGGCUGUGCUAAAUUAUUUUUAUUGUACACUUUUUAAGUACCCACGACAGCAUAUGCUACACUGUACCUCUUAUCUACACUGUCUGCCAGCCAGUGAUGAUUGCUUACAUGUACAUGUAUUUACUGCGAAAGCUCUGAACAUUAACAAAGAAAUUGACUGAUAGUUAUAUAUCUCUAUGUAUGUCAUUUCACACUGUACCAAACUAUACGUUUUUAUUUCAGAUUUUUAUUACGCCAAAUGAUGCACGCCAUAAUUCUAAAUUAUUGUACAUUAA